AUGGAGACCGAGCUUCAGUCCAGACAGAACAGCUUUAUCGUUUCCGAAACCAUCGGUGCUGGCAGCCUCUGCCGCAGAGUCCCGCAGGAAAGGCACCCCACACCCCGGCCCUACACCCAGCCGGUAAACCCGGCCCCAGCCCGGGCCGGCCCGCCCGUCCCUUCGGGCCCCGCCCCGCCCGGGCUUCCGGCCCCCGGCCCCCCCCCCCCCCCCGCCACUCCCCUCCCGGGCACCGCAGCCGGUCUCUGGCUAGGAAGGGCGAAACUCACAGGGAACGGCGGCCCGGCCCUGCUGCCCCACGGACACCCGUGUCUCCCCGUAACCCCCGAGCUCCGGGGAACCGGUCCGGGCCACAGCCGCUUCUUCUCAGGGCUGCAUACCGCCGGCAGGGCGCUGAGGCGGAGUAGGCCACACAAACGGCCGGGACCGGGGCCGGGGCCGGGGCCACGGGGAAAGGCGGCCGCAGCGCCCGGGCAGGCCGCGCCUCCCAUUGGCGCCAGGCGUUGCCGUAGCGACAAGUCCCGCCCCGCGCGGCCUCACGCUCUCGUCCCCUUCGCCGGUUGGGGGGGGGGAAGGUGGGUAAAGCGAGCGGGAGGUUUCACAUCCGGGGGAGGGAGGCGGAGGAGACGGCGGCGGCAGUGGAGUGGUGCCCCGGAAGCGGAUCGCGGGGGCUCUUGGGAGUUGUAG